AUGAAGCUUUCUCAACUUGGCUCCAUCUUCCUUCUUGGUGCUGCCUCGGUGUCAGCCUCGGCUUCAGGAAAUGCUGCCGUCUUUGAAUUGAACGAUCAGCCUGCCCAUGACGCCAUUGUUGCCUCGGUCCACGACUCCAAGGUCUACUUUGCCGACAAAUUUGGUGUGGGUGAAUACUACUCUGUCGGCCACAGUCAAAAGUCUGUAAAGCUCCUCCAGAAGUUGCAUUCUGCCGAUUCGGGUAAGCCUUCUGUGGUUUUCAUUGUUAAGGGCGUGGAGAACCCCUCGUCUUUCUUCUCUGACAGCGGCUCGGGGGCAGCUUCCACUGCUGCAUCCGACAAAUUGGCAUUUGAGAUCGGUCUCCUGAAGGAGAAGCACGUUCGUCACCUUGUUCAUGAGCUUUUCGAAGAGUUGCCUGGUCAUUACGCCAAAGUCCACAACUCCCUGGUCACCUCUGUCACCAAAGAAAUCCACAUGGUGGCUACUCAAAGCACCGAGUCAAAGGCCAUUAAGCAUGUGUUCAAGCGUUUGCAGGAUGACUUGCCUCGCCACUGGAACAACUUGCUUGCUGGAAACAGUCAGAACAUCGUGGAUCUCCUGGACUCCGGCUUGAAUGUUCUCAACGACAAGCUCUUCAUCAGUGAGAUCUUGCAAGUCGCCAAGAUCGCUGAUCAGUCUGAGGGCCUCCUUGUUAUGAAUCUUGACUCGCUUCUCUCCCUCGGAAUCAAGAUUGGAUUCCAAUCUUCAACCUAUCAGUUGGCACAGAGAACGUUGGCUCGCUCCAUCCAGGCCAUGAGCGACAAGUUUGAUGUUACCGUAGUUGCACUUGGUCCUAAGCACAAAACUGCUGGAUGUGGAUCGCGCAUGCAGAAGAGAAGCGAUGAGUUGGCUGAUGUGUUUUCCGUCUUUUCCAAGAGAGGAGCUGUGGCAGCUAAGGCCUGCUUUGCUGACGAAGAUGCAUGCACUUCUGCCACCAACAACUGUAGCGGACACGGCUCGUGUACCAAGUUCCAGUCUAAGUGCUGGCAAUGUGCUUGUAAGCCUACAUUCGACAAGAAGCUGUCUAAGACCACCAAAUGGGCCGGUAGCGACUGUAGCAAGAAGGACAUUGCUGCCCAGGCCAAUUUGUUGUUGUGGACAUCGGUGGCUUUGUUGUUGACAUUGGUGGGAGGUGUCAAGCUUCUCUACAGCAUUGACAGCGAAUCCUUGCCGGGUGUUUUGGAGGCUGCCACUGUCAAGAGAUCCACUUGA